GACUACAACUUGAUAUUCCUUAUUAUCACUAUGGCUUUGCUAUCGAAGUUCAAGGACCACAUCAUGAAAAAUAUAUUGAAUUCUUCUAUAAUAGGGAUCCCAAAAAUUUUAUUAAACAGCAGGAACGGGAUCAACUCAAGGAAGAACUUUGUGAAGAAAAUUGGAUAGUACUAAGAUAUGUUUGGUAUUAUGAAGACCCAUUUGAGAAAAUUCUAGCUAUCCUUCGAGAACUGGGUCUUAUUCCUUAG